AUAAAAAAAAUUAUACUCUCUAAAAAAAAUACUUAUUCAAUAAACGUAAAAAAAUCAAUAAGUUAAAAAAAAUCAGAAUUGUUUUUAUAAUAAAAUACAGAGUGUUUAAAAUCUUUUACAAGUAAGAUCAGUCUUAGACUUUGUGUAAUUAAAUCAUCUUAUGUAAAGUCUUGAGUCGUUUUUUGUAAGCAAUUAUAUAGACUAUAUUACAUAUAGUGUAAAUCGUAUACGUAGUGCGUUUAAUACGGAAAUCAACACUGGAUUACUUAAAAUAUUAUUGUAUCACACAGGACGUAAGGUAAGUACAAUUUAACCUAUGCUUUCGAACUUCCAACAAUCUAUUGCGUGAUAAACCAUUAAUAAUUAAUGAGAGAAACAAUUAAUGAGAAAAUUAAUUUAAAUAAAAUUGAAGACAAUUAAAUCUACAUUAAAAUUACAAAAACUUAUAAUAAAUAAUAAUUAUAAUAAUUUAAAAGUAGCCACCAAAAUGUAUUUUUAUAUUUAACUUAACCAUUUCUAUUAUAUUCAUUUCUAAAACAAUUUCUUUCGUUUUAUUUUUGGUUUAUUACACUACAUCGAAAGGAAGUGAUGUAAUGAAGAUAAUAAAUGAUUAUUUUGAAAAACACAACAUUAUGUGGGAAAAGCUCGCAGGAUUUUGUACGGAUGGAACUCCAGUUAUGCUAGGAUCAAAUUCGGGUCUAGCAACGCAAUUCAUCGACAAGCAUUAGCUUCAAAAACAUUAUCUGGAGAACUCAUAUAUACUUUAAAACAGUCCGUAAAAAUAGUAAACUCUAUUAAAAGUAGUGCACUAAAUACUCACAUUCUUAAAACAAUAUGCUCGGACUUGGAUUCUGAAUUUGAAACUUUACUUUUUCAUACUGAAGUCCGAUGGCUUUCGAAAGGAAACAUGUUGGCACGACUAUUUUCACUAAAGGAGGAUGUGAUAGUGUUUUUAAAUAGAAAAAAAUUAUCGAUUUAUCGAAAUAUAUUUGUGAUCAUAACUUAGAAAUGCAUUUGGCUUAUCUUGUCGAUAUCUUUUAGCAUUUAAACAGGCUUAAUUUACAAUUACAAUGCUUUGAAAAUCAUAAAUUUGAAGGCGCUGCAAAUAUAUUUAUAUUUGAAGAUAUACUUCGUGCAUUUAUUUGUAAAAUUGAUUUAUGGAUAAGUAAAGUUGAGAUGAAUAACUCAACGUUUCAAAUACUGAAAAGAUGGGUCGACAACGAAAAAUAUGCUGACCUCACAACUGAAAUUCAGCAAAACGUUUUAUACCAUUUGCAUAAACUUCAAGAUGAAUUUAACCGGUAUUUCCUAGAAUAUGAUGGUUAUGAAACGAAAGGUGUCCGAAGUAUGAUUCGAAACCCUUUUAUUGUUAAAGUUGUUGAGGUGCCUGAUGAUAUCCAGAAUGAUUUGAUAAAGUUGCAAAACGAUCGAAACUGUAAGGAUAAGUUUGAAUCUUUUAUGAAUAUUGAAGUUUUGGUGUAAAAAAGCAAUUGCCUAUCCUAAACUUCGAGAAAUCGCAUUAAGAUAUUUAGUUAUGUUUUCCACUACUUAUUUGUGUGAACAAGGAUUUUCUGCACUGCUUUACAUUAAAAAUAAACAAAGAAAUCGAUUGGAUGCCACUAAAGAUAUGCUUUGAGCAAUAUUACGCCAAGAAUAUUGGUAAAAGAAGUACAAAGGCAAAGACUUAUUUACUUGUUUUUAUUAUUAUAUAAAGAAAUAUACUAUAAGGAAUUGCAUUGUAUUUUAUUUAUUUUUAAUUUUAAUGUAUGUGAAAAAAUUAAUUCUUUUUUAUGCAGUGGUUAAAGUGAAUUAAGUGGUUAAACUAGGGGGGACUAUAGUUCCUAAAACAUUAGGAGUGUUCCCGAGCCAUACCGAAUUGUCUUUUUGCAAUAUUAGUCCAUCCAUCUUUGCCGGUUGAAUAAAUGAUCCCCCCUUAUUUUAAUCACUGUGUUUAUGAGAAAAAAUAAGGUCUAAAAUUUAAAAGUUUUAAAAAUUCUCAGUCGUCCGUAAUGUCAAAAAGGUUGGGAAUCACUGCUCUAAAUAAUAAACAAUUCAAGUAAUGCCAGAACGAAUAUUAACAAAUAGACGCUAAUGAGUCUGCCCGUUAUAGAGAUACUCAUCGUCGAAACGUUAAUCCUGUUUACUGAUAUUUAUUGCCUUUAUAUAAAAACUGACACUUAUUCGUACAGUUUUUUUAUUUUCUGGUCAUGUCGUUUUCACAAUUUGUUUUUUGUGAAUUUUGGUUUUUAUACGACAUGAUUUCAAUUUUAAGGUUUUACUAUAGUAUUAACAUUAAAAUUACGUUUAUAAAAAUUCAAUAUAUUUGUACAUAUUUAUAUAAGUGUCUUUGUACUUUCUGCUGAAAGUAAGUACCGCGAGAAGCAAUGGUCUUUCAUUAAACCACUCGAAUCAAAAACUUGAAUAUCAUUUCAAUGAUAUGUCAGUCAAAUUAUCAACAUGCUGUAUAAUAAACAAUUUUCUUCAAUCAAAUUGCAAAAAAUGUAACGAAAAUUUAAAUGAUUUUAACAAUAUAUUAUUAAAAGAAAAAAACCUGACAUUUGACAAUAAAAUUAAAAAAGAUGGACAUAAUUAUGCAAUUAAAAUUCGCCGUGAAGUUUCUACGAAUAAACUUCAAAAUACAGCUGAAGUAUUCUCCAUAGAAAAUAAUAAGAAAUUUACUACUGUAAUAAUAGAGCCUCUUUUCAAUUCAAACACUGCUCUAGUGAUAAAUAAUAAUAGUUCAAUCACGGAAAAAAAUAGGGAACUAACAAGUAGAACAGAAUUUGUAUUGAAUCAUACUGUCAGUUCAUCAACAUUUUCAAAUUUAAUGACUUCCUUUUAUUCUAAUAAAAAUAUGUCCACUCAAGAAGUAUCUAAAUUCACCAAUUCGAUUGAGCAUAAUGAUUUCAAUGAUACAAAAGCUUUUUACUUUGGAGUUUUUUCUUCUAUUAUAAUUUUUGCUAUUGGUUUGUUUGUUGUUGCUUAUUUAUACAGAAAUAAUUUAAGUUCCCAUGGCAGACAUAUUCGUUAUGGUGUUCAUACUACAUUUCAGAAUAAUACGGAAACAUCCAUUUCAACAGUCUAAUGCAUUAACUUAUAGUUUUUCAAAUUUCUAAAUUUUUACUUUAUUUUUAAAAAAACAUUAUACUAUUAUUUUUUUGUUGAAACAUCAUAUCUUAAAAUAAAAUUUUAAUAAUUUUGAAUUUUGAUUAUUGUCAAAUAGUAUUUAAUUUUUUUUUAGUCAGUGUAUAUUCACAAAUUUAAAACUUUCUGAAAGUAAAUUUCGUUAAUUAUACUUUUUUGACAAAAAUGUUUCUUAGGAAAAAUAUUAA